AUGGCUUGGAGUCCGGUGUCAGUUUUGAAUAUCGAGAAAUUCAGAGCUUCUGAAAGAACACUUGUAGUUGCUGGUCUUCCAUAUGAUCGUGUUGGUGAUAAGGAACUGACCACCUUAGUGAAAAGUUACUUCCAAGACCAGGCAUGUGGAAGUAGAGCUGUUGAAGCUGUGAUAUAUCCAACAAGAACCAAGGGAGUUGCCUAUGUAAUAUUCAGAGAAAAAAAAGUUGCUGAGAGCAUCAGACAAAGGAGUCAGUAUCUAGCAAAGAGAAUGGGAGGAGCUCACCUCACUGUCUGGCAUCUUAGUGAAAAGGUCUUUAGUUGUGUAAGUGCCAUCCUGGACCUCUCUGUCUUUGGGAGCCAAGACAGGCUGGAAAGUCUGGUGAGGGGCCUGAAACGGAAGAUCCCGACUUUAUGCUUCAGCGCUCUGCAGAGUGGAAAGGUCUCCGUUCAAGGAUCAUUCCUGGCCCUCAAGACGCUCCAGCAGUCUUUGCUGUCAGAAGCAAAGUCUCUUGAAGAACAAAGCAGGAGGUUUUUCAGUGAGGGGAAGAAGCGUGAGCAACAGAGCACUCAGAGGCGUGUACGGAGAAGCAGUGGCUCUGCAGACUCACUCCCACCCCCAGGGCCCGAGCCUGCCGUGCGAGGAGAAACGCUUGUGCUCCACACCGAUAUUUUCCUUUACCUGAAAUCUAAGUGCCAAAUUUAUGAAGAUACGGUAAAAAAUUUCCAUGUUCUCUGUCAGGAGAGAGUUGAUGGUGAAAUUACCACAAUUUAUAUAAAAAGCAGGGGACCUGGUACUCAGCCAGACAGUGAAAAACAUGUGAAAGAGCUCCUUGAGCAGUUUUCACAUAGUCUUCAUGAUGAACUUAGAAAAGAGACAUUUGUUUUGGCAGGAAAGGAAAAUAGAGAGAGAAAAAAAAUUUGUUUGGCGUGUCAAAAACUACAUCCUAAGUACCUUCAGGUUCUGAUUAAUUGUUACGAAACACACAUUGACAUUAUUGGGCCUUCUUCCGACACUUAUUUAUUUAAGAGAGAGGUCUCAGAAUUAACAGGACACAGGGUUAGACCAUAAAAUCUCUGCAGAAUUAAAGAUCACAGUGGCUGCUUCUGCUUACUGAGCAGUGGGCAUUGUCUGCACAAUGCUACCUUUACAUGCGUGAUCUUAUUUAAUCGCUAUUUUGUUUUCUAUAUUGUUUGGUUUUGGGGCCACACCUGGGAGUGUCAGGGGUUACUACUGGAUCUGCACUCAGGAAUCACUCCUGGGGGGCUCAGGGGACCAUAUGGGGGGAGCUAGGGAUCGAACCUGAGUCGGCUCAGUGCCAGGCAAGAGCCUGAUCAGCCGUACUCAAGUCCUUCAUAUAAUUCUUCUGUUAGAGCCUUUGCUCUUUCUUAUUAGACAGAAAGAACACUUGGAGAAAUCAGAACAACUGGCUGUGUUUACCCAGCUGGCAGGGAAUGGACAAGGGCUAAACCCAUACUCUCACUGGGAAGAUAAUAUUGAGGGUAUUAUUGGUGGUGCAAGGAACCUUCAUAUUAAACUAAGAAAAUCUCACUUUCCCUGGAAUCCCACAUUCCUAGAAAAAGAAAUAGCCUUAAUUCUAGCACAUGACAAGUUUGGAACAUUCUUAUUAAGUCAUUGGCAGUUUCUUUAACAUUCGUGAAAUUGGUAUCUACCGCAAAGACAAUUGGAAUGUUGGCAAAACUCACUAAAGAGGUUACUUAGGUUAAAAAGUAUUCCUGGUGCAGGUAAUGGUUACAAAAUUACAUUGGGAGAAACCUAUUAGACAUAGUGGAUAUUAGUACUGCUGCUUAGUUAUCUAACCAACUAUGUCCAUCAAACAUUGGUUCUUUUGUUAGAAUUAUAAAGAAUUAUGAAGAAAAUAUAUUGCUUUUUUCAGCUCUGUUUCUUCAUUUCUCUCUCUCUUUUUAAAAAAGUAAUUGUAUGGUUAAAGUAAUGCGAUUUGAGAAGGAAGGCCAUGAAUGAGAUACAAUAACAACACUUUUUUUUAUCUGAUAAAUAAAAACUAAAAUGUAAAAGGGCAACAUUUUUGAUGUGUAAGAGAGUUGGAAGAAACAAUAUUCUCUUGGUGAAGUCUAGAUUUUCAUGGGUUAGCUGUCAAGAGUUCACUAAAAGUAUCAACCAAAGUAGACAGUUUAUCCACUUCUUUCUCUGCAUGGUGCCAGAGUGCAGAUUUUCUUUCUUAUUUAGAGAUUGCCAAACAUUUUUGAGUUUUAUCUCCAUUCCUUGCGUUAUGUUUUCUUGUCCAGGCUAUAUACUCGUUUUCGAAAUUGCUCAUAUCCAUUAUAACAGUAAUCCCAUACCUGGCCUUCCCCAUGUCUGCAUUUUAUCCUGUGACCUACUACCAAAUGAACAUGUCUGAAAUGAUUAGUGGUAUUUGAGAGCUUAAAUUGGCUGGCUGGUGUUAAUUAUUCUAUCCUGAAAUUUUACUGCACAUUUAAUCUUAUGCUCAUGCUUAAAUGGAUACAUUUACAACAUGUUUUCUGAACAGUACAGCUGUCUCAUGCUCAUAAAAAAUUUUUAGCAUUUUAUCCUAUAUUAACUAGUGUGCUUUGAGUUUUUUGGGGUCCAAUUUUUAGAUGAGAAUAAAUGAUUUUCUGAAGUACUUACUUUUUUCAAGUUAGAAAGUAUGAUUUGCUUAUUGGUGACCCUUUACGUGGUUGCAUAUGCUAUGCUUCAUAUAGUAUAGAUAGUAUAGAGACAGAGAAGGGAGAUUUUAGAAUCUGACACUCUAAGAUGAAAUUUUAGCAACAUUUACCUUAAAUUUCUACAGGAACAAAAUGGAAUAAUAUGUGCCAUAGAAUUUUGGAGUAAUGAUAUAAUGAUAUAAUCCUCAGUCUGGUCUGAGUUCCUUGUAGAAAAUGACUGCAAUUCUUGUCAUUGAUGUAA